UUUUAUUUCAGGAUAUGAAGAAAAUGGAAAAGUUUGUCAAUAAUCUAAUGCGCCAUAUGGCCAGCAAGGAAAUCCACUAAAAAGAAGAAGUUCCGACGAAAAUCCACGAAGAGACAAAUAAAGGAUUUUAGAGUGACGUUAGUGAAUCAUUUCGAGUUAAAAAUUGAUUAACGUGAUUUGAUCAUAAAAUCUGGUAUUUAAAGUAUUCAAUUUAUAAAUAUAUCUGAUAGCAAAAUGUCAGAGGUUGAGAGGAAACCUAUCCCAGCAAUUCCAAAGGAGGCGCAGGUCAUGAUUUCUAUACUUCGUGAUCUUGGAAUUCAAGAUUAUGAUCCUGGAGUCCUUACACAGAUGCUGGAGUUCUCAUACAGGUAUAUCAGUAACAUACUAGAGGAUGCACGGGUUUACUCCAAUCAUGCCAGGAAGAGAAUGGUUGACCUCGAGGACGUCAAGUUAGCGGUCCAGGUGAAUACUGAACAAACUGUGACCGGUCCUCCUACACGUGAAGUGCUGCUAGACCUAGCCCAGAGUCGGAACAAUACCCAGCUUCCGCUCGUGAAACCUGGUGUAGGACUGCGCCUACCCCCGGAUAGACAUUGUCUGACUAAUACCAACUACAGAUUGAGGUCAGCUAGAGGAGGAGCCGGUCAAACUGCUAGAGGAGGGAAAACUAAUGGCGUCUCUACACCUCAAUUCAAUAUCCAGAUUCAGCCGUCUGGAAACAAACGAAAAUGGGAUGAAUAAAGUAUGCUACAGAUUUCCAAAAUGUGUAUCCGGAUUUUCUGUGUAGUGUGUAGCCGGGAUUCGUUAUGUUCCGGAUUUCCUGUGCAUUGUAAUCAGAGCUUUGACGUGCGCUGGGUUACGACAUGUUGCGGGAUUUUUCUGACCAGUGUAAUCUGGGCUUCAAAUUGCGCCGAAUUUCCUGUGCACUGUAAAUCCGGACUUUAACGCGUCCGGAUUUCCUCUGCAGUGUUAAUGUGGACUGUAACGUGCUCCGAAUUUGCUGUGCAGUGUUCAUGUGGACUGUAACGUGUUCCGGAUUUCCUUUGCAGUGUUCAUGUGGAUUGUAACGUGCUUCAGAUUUCCUUUGUAAAGUUCAUCUAGGUUUUAGCAUGCUCCGGCUUUUCUGUGCACUGUGAAUCCGGACUUUAACGGUCUCUGGAUUUCCUGUGCAGUGUGAAUCCGGACUAACGUGCUUCGUAUUACCUAUGCAGUAUGCAUCCGGGUAUCUACGUGCUCCAUGUGAAAGUGCUCCGGAUUGCGUUUAAAGUGUGUAUCCGGCUAUCAACUUGUUCCAUGUGAUUUCAAAAUGUACAAGGCGAGCACUACAACGCAGGGAUCAAAAAUCAACAUGCGUAACAAAUGAUCAAAUUGUCAAAAAACAAAUGAUUUUUUUAUCGCUUUAAAUAUCAACUAUGAAUUGAAGCUUAUUUCUGAUUUUGAAAACUGUUCUAAGAAACUUUGUAAUUUUCUUUAAUAUAAUUUGUGUAAGCUCAUCGGUUAAGAGCGGAGCUUUUAUUUUUAUGUUUUAAGUUUUCAAAAUUUUCCGAUUUUGUAUUUUGUAUAAAUCUAAACUGAUUUCGGUUUAAAUGAUCAUAUUUUAAUAUAUAAAUGGUUUUGGGUGAAUCUAAUAUUUGUAUUGUACUGUAGAUUAGUUUAACUCAAUAAAAUUACUAUGUAAGGGAA